AGGGGGAGGGGGAGGAGAGGGAAGAAAAAAGGAGUCAUCGUAGUAACACCGGCGCGUCUCCUCUCGCGGCUUCGUGGUUGUCUCGGAAUUAGUGAGUAGACAGAAUUAUGUCUGUGAGCUGGCCAGCACGGCUCAGUUGAGACUUACUGCUCAGAGCGUACACACGCAUACUACGAAUCCUUCCUACUUACGCACCUCGCGCCUUCCUCGUGCGAUUAGAACUUAGUUCGCAACCGUCUGCAGACCAAUCACGGUCCAGUUCGCUAACGCGCCUCCGUACGAAACGGUUUCCUCGUCUCUUCACGUGGACGUGCUGUUGAGUUUGCCUCGAGUUUGAAAAGCGCCGCAACCUAGGACAGACGGACAGUUCGCCACGCGGUGACACCUCGAGGUCCCUUUAAAGCAGCACCCACAAAAGUACGAAGACCUACUAGAAGACGUGCACUUCCUAAUACUGACCAACGCGGUGGUGCAGCGCUCGUUAUCUCCGCGUGACACCGCGAGGUGAGCGAAAUUAAAGUCGGAGGCAGAGACUGAUAUCGUAAUUCAGCAGAGAUCGAUCAUCCAGCUUCGAGUCAGGUACGCAUCGGUCGGUGGACAUUUGUAGAGACGUUUGUAGAGAGGGAAGACGAGAGAAGAUCAGCGGAAGAUCUACCCGAGGCGGAAAUCGCCGGUUAUUUUCUCGCAGAAAUUCGUUGGUUGCCGCAAUUUUCCACGAUAUUGUCGCGAUUUAUUCCGAAGUUGCGACCGUCAGGCAAUUCCCACGGGAUUCUGGCGGUAUCUUGUCUUGUGAGCUCGUCAGAGUUGUUUUAACUAGUCGCGCAUAGAUUUUUGAACAGUUUCAGGAGAUACACUUGAACACGGUCGAUACACCCCCCACCUAUGCAUGCCGUUAAAUAAUCUGGAUGCAAAAUAUACCGUAAAUUGAACUAGAGUUCUUUGAUCGUUGCCGCUUUAAUCUCUAAUUUCUUCUUUCGAAUACCGUUCCCAUACGUGUAAACUUCUAUACGACGUGUAAGACGUCGUCUUCAUUAAUUGCUCUUAAUUACCGGCGGAAAUGAAACGUUAAUUGUGUCGCUAAGGGACGUAUUUUAUCUCCGUGAGAAUUCCAUAUAGAGUCGAAACUAUUUUUCGGGAACUUUGAGUGCGCCGUUAUCGCAAGCGAGAGAGAGAGAGAGAGAGAGAGAGAGAGAGAGAGGGAGAGAGAGAGAGAGAGAGAGGGAGAGAGAGUACAUUCUCAAUCGGUUGCUGUUUCUUUAAUCGCGGCAAUGGGUAUUACGAAAUUCUUCGUGCUUCUCUUACUGGCGUCCAUCGCGACCUGCGUACGAUCUCACCGUCAUCAUGGAUAUUAUCCGGAGCAUAGGAAAGAAAACGGUCAUGUGGAUUUUGUCGAGCGAGCAUCAGUCGUCGAUGAGUCGGGCGAAAAGACCGCAGAUUACACCACGCGAUCAGAACUCUCGGAAAGGCGCUCCGAUGCCUUAGACGGCAAGGACUUGCCUCCCUACAGCACGCGGAGACUUGAAAAAAUGCUGGAGAAGGCGAUACUGAAGAUAAUCACGGGCGACCUCAGUACGGCCGAUAUGCUGCUGCUCAAGAGCUUGAAUUACACUUUCGAGGAGAUACUGGCGAUUCGUGAGCAGGAACUGAGUCGGCGAAAGGACGAGGAGAAAACAAAGAAAUUUUACGAUUCGAUGAUAAUCGCGCCCUCCUCGUCGUCGCACAACCGCGACGCGGAGGUGUCGAAAGGCGAAAAGAAGAAGAACCGGUACAAGGAGAAAGCCUCCUACGACGACUUCGACUUCGACGCGUACAACCGGCAGGCGAUGAUAGAUUAUGAGAAUUUGGCCUCCAAGUUUGAUCAGCAGCAGCAGUCGUCGUGGUCCGAACCGGCAGCUUUCGAUUACGAGGAUGAGUCGAAGAGCUCGAAGGAGCAGGACCAGUCGCGAAACUUGCAUCGGAGCUUCGACCGCGCCAUGGAGCCCCACGUGAUCUUCAAGAUUCGCUACGACGAUUCCGAGUUCGAUUCCAGUUCCGGUUCCAACGAGAGGCCGAGACUUCGAGACGCCUUCCCUUCGAAGGAUCUCAAGCAUCGCGCUCCCUCGACCUUGAGACACACGACCGCCAAGAACGUCGCUAAUUCCUUUCAUGCUUCGUCACCGUCUUCAUCAUCUUCUUCUUCUUCUUCUUCUUCCUCUUCUUCUUCGCCUUCUUCCCCUACUGCUGAGCACACUCCACUUCCCGUAGUAUAUCAGAUGAGGAAUCUCAGAGACAUUAAGCCAGAUUAUCUUAAGCAUCAACAUUCCAUCGCCUUGAUGGCGUCCCCGGAACCUAACGAUACCGUUGCCAGCAAUAUCAGCUCUGACGCAACCACCUCUGAAGCGACAGUUGAUUCGACAAACGGGAGUGAUUUAUCCACCAGGAAUGAAUCCAAGAAGGUCAGCGAAUACGAGGGGUUGGAGUGGGUCGAGGACGAUGUCUACAGAGUGAUACCCUCGCUGGCGGACACGCUGGGCUACGAAGACGCUGAUGAGAACGGGACAUCGGACUAUGAGGAGACGAACUUGGCCUAUCUUCCGGAGGAGAGCGAAAACGACACCAUGGAGUAUCAGAACGACUCCCCGGUGAGGCUCUUCAACGCGAACACAUCCACGGAGAAAGUACCACUGACGAAUCAAUCCAUCCGUCAUCAAAUGGCGCUCGCUCAUCGUCAAAAACGCAACGUAACUUCAAGCUUCAACAGUGAGAGUCAGAAGGUACUCGAAGAUAUUAAGAUGCGAGUCCUCUUGUUAACUGGAAAAAUGAUUCUCAAGAACAGCACCAGUGAGAUCGAGCGCGAGAGACUCACCAUGUUCUCGCCUACUUGUCAAAUACCUCGAAACACAGACUUCGAGGCGUGGACGGAUCCGCUUUUGAUGAACUUGCAUUUCCAAUUGAAUCUGACCGCCAACGACGACGUGAAAGCGGCGAAAUUGCGAAUUUACAAGCUGCCGCAGGAGAACCUCACGUCCUCCUCCGCAAACGGAGAUCCCGGUCAGGACGAAGUUAGCGAGAAGAAAAUCAGGAUAUCCGUUUUUUAUUACAAGAAGUCGCUCAAGACUUACCGAUCGAAGAGAUGGCUGAUGGACUCUGUCCUGACGCCUCUGACGGCCAAGGGCGGUUACGUGGUGCUGGAUGUGGAGGAGGGCUUGAAAUUUUGGAGGCCGCCUUCGCGAAACUCACAUGGCAGCGGUAGCAAUCACGGCCUAGUUAUUCAGGUAGAACAGCAGGCUGACGAAAGGAAGCUGAAACCUGCUCUGUACAUCCAACAACCGUCCUGCGGUGACCACGAUUUGGAUCAGAAGGCAUCCCAACGGAUACCCGCCCUCUUCGUACGAGCCUGUCCUCGUUACGUUCGUAUCGUGAACGGUGAAAAAAUUUCACUCGACUAUUGCAGGGACUAGACAGAGGUGACAAAAAACGAUCGGAUCGCGGAACGAUCGAAUCCGUUUCGACACGAUAGAAACAGACUUAAAUUAUGUUGUGAUCGUCGUUCUCUCAAAGCAGUUGCCAUUAGCAGGCACAGAGACACAUAUGUGCAAUUUAUUGUUAAAAUUUAAAUUGUAUAGAAAAUAAUGAAAGAGAAGGAGAGAGAGAGAGAGAGAGAGAGAGAGAGAGAAAGGGAAAGAGAAUUAAUGUUAAGACAUUUCAUUUAGAAAUAAGUUCCAUAGCAAAAUAGAACUUUUUAGCAUUAGAAAUGGAGAUGUUUUUUACAAUAAUGACGAAGAGAAUCUCGCGAUAUUCGUAAUUGUAAAUUAUCCACGUCCUUUACUUGAGAAUAUAAUCACAGAUUUUCAUUGUUUUGAAUCAUUAAGUAUAAUAUAAGAUAAUACAUAGACAGUAUAGGUAUGGAUCGACGAAAAAUCAGAGGUUUUCGCCAAGUUGAUUAUUUAUGAAGUAAUAACGAACUAUUAAUACCGAUCUGAGAAAAGACGAGCAAAAGGACAUUAAUUUUGCUGCCAAAUCCUGUAUCUUAAUGACGAAGACUAACAACAGAUAGAAACAAGGCCAGAGACUAUCGAGCGAAAUACAUUUCGCUACUGUUUCUUACGAAAGAAAAGCACACGUGCGCAGUCUAAGCGGCAACAACUUUAGUUAUAAAAAUAAAGAUAAGAUCUUGUAGGAGACUGCUCUAUUCGGUAUUAACUUAAGAGAAAUAAUUAUUUAUGUGUAACAUAGGGUAUAAGGGCUCUCAGUAUGAUAAUUCUUGUACAUUUAAGUAUACAUUAUACCCCCUCUUUUAGGUAAUCAUAUUGUAAUGUACAUACGGUUAGAUUUAAAAUAGCACCAUCGACGACUUGUAUGCAUUCGUCUACAAUGUGUCAACACGCCCAUGACUGAUGUAGACACAAGUGCGUGUGAGAAUUUAAAAUCACACACGCACACACACAUAUAUUUAUGUUUAAGCGUUGAGAUUGAAGGUAAGCAACCCGGAACUCUUCUGAGUCGAUCAUUUGUGGUCGGGUGAAUGUGUAGGAGACAUUUUUGCAAAGGCGUAUCGUGGUGAUUCCGCCAUCGGUUGCAUGCCUUGCAAUCGUAGUCGGACUCAUCCGAUUCUUCCUGCUUGCUGAAUGUCCUUGAUUCUUCCUAUGCGUCGUAUUUUAUAUGUAUGGGAAAAGGAAGUACAUAAUUUUUUGUCACAUGUUUUCUGCGAUACAUCGUCGUUGUAUAUAAUGCGAAUUUAUAUGUUCACGUUACGAGCAAAUAAAUUCAUUUGCAGUAAGAUUUAA